AUGUUUCCAACGCGUAUGUUUGGGGGCAACCCCUCCAGCUUCAAAUUAAUAUUGGAGUAUGGAAGGGACAGCUUCGCAGAACAACCAGCCCUCCUGCCGGGCGGUCAAGUUCGCCUCGCAAAGGCGCUGGCCACUUUGGAUUUUGAAUUCAACAGCGAUGAAAGCGAGGCAGCCGUCCUUGAGCGCUUCACGCAAGCGAAGAGUAGGGUUGCCUUCGACCGGCUGGAGGAGCGGGUGGUGCUCAAGCUCUCGCAAUCAGUCCAUGGCGUCAGAGUCAAGCUGUCAAUUGCCUGCAUGUCGCCGGCGUUGCGAUCCUUGCAGGUCGUCCGAACUUCGUCCACAGGCGCCGCCCCGGAGGCGCUGCUAACGGCGCUGUUUAAGCAUUGCGAUCUCACAGGCGUCUGGAAGUUGCGUGGCGCAGAAGGCUUUGGCAAUUUCUGGUGCAGCUGCUGCGAGGUUCGCAGCUGGCGCAGCCUUGCCAACAUGAACCUAUCUUCGUGCGGGCUGACCUCCCUGCCGGCGGCUCUGGGCUCCCUCGUGACCUUGCGCAUGCUGAGGCUUUCACAUAACAAGCUGACGACGCUGCCGGUGGAGGUGUCGGCGCUGACGGCGCUGGAGGUCCUAGCGGUGGACCACAACCAGCUCGCAUCCAUUCCUG